AUGGGCUGGGUGGAAGUGGUAGUCUUCAUUGCAGCUGCUUGCUAUUUUUUCCGCCGAUACCCCCGCGACGUGGCUGAGUUUAAACCGUCUGCUUCGACGCCGUCGCGUGCUCCGACGGAAGAUGUGAAGAACAGGGAUAUUGAACCGGAAUCUACUCAGAGAGUAGAGUCCCCAUCGAUAAAAGAGAAUAAUAACACUUCACAGGAAGAGGAAGGAAAAAGAACUCCCAAAGCAUCCCUACCUAGUGCACUGAUGGCUGAAGUGCCGACACUGCGUUUGGAUGGCGAUGAAGCCGACAGCAAUGCAGGCUCCCCUACAGAACAAUCUGGACAGCAACAGCCUGUGCCUGUAUCAGUCUUGAUUGAAAAAGAGAAUGAACGUCCCCGCACUGCCGACAGCGUCUUGAUGCCUCCUCCACCGCUACCAGCAUCUCGACUCCAGUCGGCAACGCAGCAGCAACGGCAGCUUGGAUCAAAUAACAGUCUCAACCGUCCACCAACCGGGACAAGGCUGUAUCCUCCGCGCCCGAUGUCAAGUCCUAGUUCUACGCUCCAACCCCCGCCAUCAGCGGCAUCUUCCCUUCGCGCCCCACCGAACAAUCGCCUCACAAGUAACAGCACACUCUCACCCGCUCAACUUGUCGCGAAGCCUUCGAAACCGUCCCGAAAAGUGAUCCUCGAACCGGGAUACUCCCCUCUCGAUUGGGCAGCGCUGACUUCAAACCCAAACAAUAAUCUACGGGGAGCUAACCUGCCUCCGAAUCUAAUCCGAGUGACACCGUCGAUGCUGAAGGUACAAAAUGGGCGGAAAGGCCGUGAUGCAUGGACAUCAUAUCAGGGGAAGGUAUACAAUAUCACGCCCUAUCUCCCGUUCCAUCCUGGGGGGAAGGGAGAGUUGAUGCGAGGCGCGGGUAAGGAUUCUGGGAAGUUGUUCACUGAGGUUCAUCCGUGGGUGAACUGGGAUGCAAUGCUGGGCGAGUGUCUGGUUGGUAUACUGGUUACCGAGCAUGAAGGGCGAGAACAGGGUCAAGGCAAUGAACUCGAUGCGAUGGAUUGA